UAAUCAAAUGUUUUUAGGUGCCAAAACUCGCAGCAUGGAUGUAUGAACAAUGUCCUUUAGAUCAUUAAAGAAAAAGAGCACCUACGAUGGGCCUAAACUAGAGGACAUUGAAGAUACCAAUGUCCCUCCUAGACUUCAGAAGCAGUUGGGAUAUUAUUUUGCUGGUAUUGAGGCCGAAUUUUCUCAAGUUUGUCAAGAGAAUGAACAGUUAAAAUCUAAGUUACGGCAGUUAGAACGCCAGAUUAGUAUGAAGAAUCAUGUUGAUACUAAAGAUCAUGCUUCAAAAGAAUCAUUUCCUGACGUCGAUGGACCUUGGCAGAACUUGCCAAGAAAUGCAAGCCAGUUUUCCAAAAAAGUAAUGAUAAAGUACAAAGAACAGACUAACAAAAUAGUGAGCUCAUUCAGACCCCCUCAUGUUACCGUUGACAUAAAGCACGUUGGCAGAUUUUCUGGUCAUAAAGAUGGUAUCUGGGAUGUGUCAUACUGCAAAGGAUUAAAAGGCAGGCCUAUAAUAGGGACAGCAAGUAACGAUAGGACGGCGAGGGUGUGGCAAGCUGAGGGGCAGCAGAACUGUCUUUUGAAAUAUGUUGGACACUCUGGAAGUGUCAACUCCAUCAGGUUUCACCCAACAUUACCGCUGGUUCUAACUGGAUCCGGCGACAGGACAGCUCAGAUCUGGUGUUGUGAUGUUCCUGAGAGUGAUAUCGUCUACUCGGAACACUCACUACCACACAACUCCGAGGAAGAAUUCAGCGACCCCGAAGAGGCUGAACCCGAUAACAAUGUCGCGUCAGUUGUAGUUAGAACGCCCCAAAAGACUCUGACGGGGCACAACAACGCGGUAACGGCAGCAGAAUGGCUGAGUGGGGGAACACAGACAGUAACCGCAUCUUGGGACCGCACGGCCCGGGUCUGGGAUUCGGAGAGUGGAGCAAUUAUUCACACUCUCACUGGACACGACCAAGAGAUAACAGACACCUCAGUCCACUCCUCCCAAGCCCUGAUCGUUACCUGCUCUAAAGACACCACCUUCAGAGUCUGGGACUUCAGAACCAGCAUCCACUCUGUCAACGUCUACCAAGGACACAGUGCCAGUGUCACCUGCGCCAUCUUCACCAACCACCACGACUCUAUUGUCAGUGGUAGUGACGACUGUACUGUCAAGGUGUGGGAUCUUCGGAACAUGAGAACGGCAAUCUCUACGAUACAAUGCGACGCGUCAGUCAAUAAACUGGCGAUAUCAGACGAGUCCCACCAUACCAUGGCAAUUCCUUUCGAUAACAGACAUGUCAGACUCUACGACCUACAGGGUACAUAUUUGGCAAGAUUACCCCGGCGGUCUCAACCAGGACAUCAACGGAUGGUCUGUAGCGCAACUUGGGCGAGCGAGGACAACGCGGCUAAUCUCUUCACAUGUGGAUUUGAUAACAGGACUAUUGCCUGGAAAAUCACAGUUGACCACGAUAGUCACAGAUGAUAUCAGUAGGACUUUCUUCGACGGUUGAAAGCACCCUAACCUACACACUUUAACUCAAGAUGGCAACAAAGACGAUUGAUUACAUGUGUAAUAAUUACAUUUGUUACGAACAGUAAUUGAAAUGAAUGUUAUCGUAUUUGCAUUCCGCUGUCAAUUGAUCAUCAGGACUUUAAUUCGAGUAACUAACAACUUUGCUCUGUAGUUACCGCUGUUAGAACAACCUAUGAACAUUUUGAAAAGACUGAAUUGGUAAGUGUCACGAGAUUCUAAAAAUGUGUAUGAGUUCUUAUUAUACGUUAACCUUUAAAAAGCCUGCUGCGUCUUCUGAGAAUUUUGAAGCGAAUUUAAUGAUGGUUACUUUAAUUUGACGAUUUUAUGUUAUUUGAGAUCAAUAUUUGCUAUUUCGGUGAUAAUUACGAAUUUGAAUUAUGUACUUAUCUUGAUGUGGUAAGAAGUAGAGGGUAACCUAUCCAUAAAAUUUCUAGAUUUAUCUAUCAAACAUUAAGUUUAACAAAAUUUGCUUUAAAUCAAAUUUCAAACCUUGAGAGAGAAUCCUAUUUCUCACAUCCCUCAACGGCAUAUAUCGUAGUAUCGAUUGUAGUCAUUUUAAUGUUUCAUGUUUGUCUUCAUAUUUUGUGAUUAUUUUUAGAUUUUGUACCGUUGUUGCUUGCUUUGCUAUUGAUACAAGAUAUCUGAGCUCUGUUCUAUUUUAAAGAUGCUGGACGUUAAGUUGAGAGUUUCACGUCUUGGUUUUUGGUAACUUCCAAGCUGAAGAAUUAUUGUGUAAUCAAUGAUUUUAACGAUGACUGUUUAGUAAUAAAAAAGUUGAUGAGCAACCUAUUGUUUCUUUAGAUACAUUAGCUGAAAAGGGUCUGUGUUAAUUAGAAAUUCAAGACUUUAACUAGUUGUGUGAUGUUGGGCACACCAUCCGAACUAAAAUAUGGAAUUCCACAAUUAUUAUCACAUGAUCUGUUUAAUCGUUGGAUGCUAAAAUUCAAUUUUGUGAAUGAGAGACAAAAGUCCAUGACCCGAUUUUGGUUUCGUAUCAUUUGCCUCGGGAUCUUAUGUUGUUUAACCCCAGCAACCAUGUAAUUUGAAGUAGCCUUCACUCUUAUAACUGAGUCUGAACGUGAAACAUACUGAUUUGAUUAAAUUCAAGUCAAGGUCAAUACAUGCUGAUUUGAUAGAUUAUCAAAAUAUGUUUAUGUAAUAUUCUAUUGAUAUGAUUUUGAUAACGAUUGUAAAAUGUUGUUU